GGAUGGUGUCCGUGCGCCUCGCCCAACGGGCCUCUCCGGCUUGUACUAAAUCUAUCGACGCCACCAAAGGUCGAUCAUUUCUUACAAAUGCGGCUAGCAUACGCGAACGAUCUCCAUGCGUCGGCACUCCUGAUCCUGCCUGGAUCUACACAACCCGACCCUGUUGUAUUCGAAGACACUCGAAAUCUGAGCGGGGAUUUCCUAACUCGGCUGAUGAAUCAGCAAGGCUCUGAGCACGACUUGGCGUCACGUGAUAUUCCUCGUGUCCUGGUCUCACAUGCCGCGCUCUUACCGCUUACGGACAAGCCACCCGGGUACGAUCAGCGACUGUCAGAUCCUUGUCGUUCCGUCACAUUCUCGCCGGCCUGGGUGCAGCGUGCGGAACUUACCACCACGCUCAAGAUUUUACGCGUUCGAUAUUUUGCGUGGCCACUGCAACCAGCACACCACGACUGGGGUAAAAUCACGACAUCUAGCUUCUUUGGGGAAACGAUGCACGCGCAACGCUAAGUGUAGUGUGCCGCCAUACUUUUGUUGGCAAGGUCUACAUUGAUGGAGUGCGUACCACUGACAGCAAUUCCGCAUCCAAAGCCAGCUGAACAUGAGACGCGGACGUGUUCUAGCGGUGAAAACACCUUUUGC